CCGCUGCCUCCGCUGUCUCCACUGCUCCCUUACGUAGAUGAAAAAGGACGAUAUUUGUCCGUCUGAAAAUUGGAUAUUUGAAUCGGAGUACGAGGCAGCGAUCGACGAGGAGCGGUCAGGGAAUCUUCGGCUUACUAUCUGUCCGAGGUAAGCCUGAAAACGGACAUCGAUUGGGGAGGAUUAAGGAGACUGUAACACCAUCAUGGGUUGUACUAUGAGCGCCGAGGAAAGAGCCGCAGUAGAACGAAGCCGGCAAAUUGAAAAGAAUCUAAAGGAAGAUGGAAUUAAUGCAGCUAAAGAUAUCAAAUUGCUUUUAUUAGGGGCUGGUGAGUCCGGGAAAAGCACCAUAGUUAAACAAAUGAAGAUUAUCCACGAAGACGGAUUUACGAUCGAGGAUUUGAAACAAUACAAACCGGUUGUGUUCAGUAAUACCUUGCAAUCAAUGGUAGCUAUGCUCCGUGCAAUGGAGGUGCUCAAAGUCGAGUACGGAGACAAGGAGAGAGAGGAGGNUGCUAAGAUGGUUUUCGAUGUCAUUGGAAGAAUGGAAGAUACGGAGCCACCUACGACUGAAUUAAGGGAUGCCUUAAAAAGACUUUGGACUGACAGUGGAGUGCAAGUAAUAUAUGGGCGCUCAAGGGAAUAUCAACUGAACGACUCAGCACGAUAUUUCUUAGAUGAUUUAGAUCGGGUGUGUGAUCAGGAAUAUCUACCCACUGAGCAAGACGUACUACGAACUAGGGUAAAGACAACGGGAAUAGUAGAAACACACUUCAGUUUCAAAAACCUUAAUUUUAAAUUAUUUGAUGUAGGUGGCCAGCGAUCGGAACGAAAAAAGUGGAUCCAUUGCUUCGAAGAUGUGACGGCCAUAGUGUUUUGUGUAGCAAUGAGCGCCUAUGAUCAAGUCCUAUAUGAAGACGAAACGACAAACCGAAUGGAAGAAAGUCUGAAACUAUUUGACUCAAUCUGUAACAAUAAAUGGUUCACAGAUACUUCCAUAAUUCUGUUUCUAAAUAAGAAAGACUUGUUUGAAGAGAAGAUAACCAAAUCUCCACUAACUAUAUGCUUCCCUGAAUAUACAGGCCCUAACACAUACCAUGAAGCCGCAGCUUAUAUUCAAGCACAGUUUGAAAGUAUGAACAAAAGCACAACAAAGGAAAUCUACACCCAUAUGACAUGUGCCACCGAUACUAACAAUAUCCAUAUUGUAUUCAAUGCGGUGACGGACACCAUAAUUGCCCACAAUCUCAGGGGAUGUGGCCUUUACUAAACCAAAAAAGGACGAACCAAGAUAUGGUACACCGGAAACAAAUAAUUGCAAAGAUAGGGUUUUUCAAAAAAAAAUGCAUGCCUUUAUCUUUAGGUACUGUCCCACGAUAUUGGGGCAAAGAGUACAUGUGUACUGUACUGUCCAGUACAAUGAUUGACUGGGAGAAGUCAGGUGAUCACACACUUGGCCAGUCGCGUUAGUUUUACACUUUCUAGUACUCCUCAUUAGAUAUACAAAACCAGCACUACCUUUCUUUGAUUUGGCCGCUCAAUUAAAAGCACAUUUAAAAGUAAAUUAAAAAAAAAUGUUUUGUUUAUCAUUGACCUUUCUUGCUAUUUUCUAAAAAAAAUAAAACAAAACAAAACAAAACAAAACAAAAAUAAAAAUAUUGAAUGUUGCAAGAAGACGUAUGAUGAUAGGAAAAGGCUCUCCUAGCACCAAAACUAUACAACAUGCUUUCUGUGAUUUAGUGGAUUUUACUAAUUUUUCAAAAAACAAAUCGGUGUCAAGACUUGGUAGACAUUCCCCGUACUUAGUUAGAAAAAUGUAAAUAUUGUCUUUUACAAAAUAAUAUAUAUAUCUUAUUUCUUUUCAUGCUAGACAAAUUUAGGUAUUCGGCAUCUGCUUAGAUAUCUAGUAUAUAAAGGGACCACAACAAAUACAAAUCUUCGCUUUCAUUUUCCAGCAGUGAUUGUAUUAUUCUUGCUCUCUUAAGCGUUAUGUUUGUUAUUUAAAUAUAGAUUCGAGCCAUCGUGCAAUUACUCUGCAUCUAAAACUGAAAAAAAGCUUUGUCUAGGGAGAUGAUAAAUUAAUUUAACUUAAGAAAUAAGAUUUUUAAAAAGAAAGCAAUUUCAAGUUCAUUAUUUAUAUGGAGAAACUGCGACUGGACACUUCACUGCUAAAGACUACCUCUCCACCCAUACUUUCUUGGUAUCUUAGUACAACCCGCAUUAUUUAAGCAAAGAUUAGGGGUGUGGAGGUUUACUAUAAAGCACUUUCAAUAACUGGUUACUAAUUUAUGCUGUAGAUUUUUAGUACACACUAUCUCAUACAUUGGCCAAUUUUCUUAAAAACCAGUACACUAUUUGUUUAAGGUCGUGCGCCAGGCAGAUUUAUCCUUCAGCGUUCCGUUACCAGUUCAGACUAAAAAAAAAGUAUCUAGUUGUGAAAACGAAAAAAAUAAGUGUUUUCCUGUAUGUGUGUUUAUGUGUAUGUAUGUAUGUAUGCAUAUGUCCAGCUGACUCUUUUGUAACAAUAUUUUUUUUUCAUUUUGUACUCAAGUUCGAGAAUAGUCCACUUAACUGUAUAUUGUAGCGUUUUGUGAUAAAUUAAUUAAAGAUCAAGUUUUAGA